CACCAAGAGUAGGUCCACGAUCCUAAACCAUAUCAACGACAACAUGCUGCAUUACUCUCCAAUCGCUUCUCUUCGUUCCCAAACAAAAAAAAAAACUCAGAUACUGCAACGUUUCACUGCGUCCUUUCGUUCAUGGCAAGCGAAACCCAAAUGCCAAAUCUUAGCUUUUUCCUCAAAAGUCGCAACAUUGAAUAAUCUUUUUCCCCCCAAAGAAAUUUCCGUGUUGAAACAAAUUGGAUCCAACAAUGGGUUUCGAUUCGAAUUUGAUAGGGUCACCUUCUUCCUCUUCGCCUAGUGCCAAACGCCCCAGAGAUCCCGAAGAAGAAGUUUAUGUCGACAAUCUUCGCUCUCACAAACGUUACCUAAGCGAGAUAAUGGCAUCCAGUCUUAAUGGAUUGACAGUUGGAGACUCACUUCCUGAUAAUCUCAUGGAAUCUCCAGCAAGGUCUGAAAGUUUGUUCUCUCUCAGGGAUGAUAUAUCUUUACAAUAUUCACCAAUGUCAGAAGACUCAGACGACUCAAGGUUUUGCGAGACGCCUGUGCAUAGUUGCUCAUCUCAGCCAGAUAGCCGCCCUGGCAGUCCAGUUUCUCCAUGUAGAUACCAAAGACCACAUAAUGCAUUUUCUUCAGCGCCUACCACAAGUUUAAAUGUUUCUCACGGCUUUCCAGUCUCAGCGGUUACUAGCUCUCAGUCUCGCCAGCGAGGCUCAGACUCCGAUGGCCGAUUCCCAUCAUCUCCAAGUGAUAUAUGCCACUCAGCUGACUUAAGAAGAGCUGCACUUCUAAGAUCUGUGCAGAUGAGAACACAUCCUGCUGGUUCUGCAUCUUUGGAGCUGCCAUAUGGUUCUGGUCAAGAGCCUUCUCCUAAUAUCGAUCCUGAGGAAAGGCCAUGCUCAUACUUGAAAACUCUUGUGGAUGAAAGAGAUUAUCAAAUUGAAGAGUGUUCACCAAUAGGUAUUCCUGAACCUGAGUUUGACCCUGCCAAUAAGCCGUGCAGGGUCUUAAAUAUGAAUCCGAAAAAAUCAGAGGAUUCUGGAGGUUAGUUACUUGCUGAUUGGGGAAUUGUUCAUCUCUGAUGGAAGCAGUUGCAUGUGUUAGUUUUGACCAAAAUGAAGUGUGUAGUAUUUGUCUUUUGGAAAUCAGUUCUCCCACAUUUAUCUUCUUACGUAAAUAUUCCUUACAGUUUUGCCUCAGUUUUUACCUUUUGAAUUUGCAUCUUUGUUUAUUUAUGUUAAAUUAAGAUUGCUCUGUUUUUUUAGUGGAAGGGCAACACAUAUGAAUAGAUAAUUAGUUUGUAUUAAGUAUUACCCAGCGUCGUGUAACAAGUUAUACCAUAAAUCAACGAAAGAAAAAGAUUGUUAAA